CCCUCUAACAAACGCCUGGCAGCAACAGGGUGCCUUCAUUGUGCAGAAUCUGCCUUUUUCCUCAACUUUUCUCAACGCUCAGGCUGCUACUGUUAUUAAAGCAGGGAAGGAGAAAGGAAGUAGCGGCAGGCUAGCUGGUUAGCCGAACUAUAACCACACCGUUUGCUAUGAUAUAAUUGACUUUUUGGUCCUGUUUUCUUCCUCACUGAGACGAUAUUGUGUUUUUAUUCUGAAACGUCAAAAAGGAGGAUGCGGAUAUGUCUUUUUCUCGGGCUGUUUCGUCCGUUCAAACCCCGAAACUGACUGAACACUGAGCUUUGUCUGACUGGGAACCCACCGCUGCUGUUAGCCUGCUUGAAUCAACUCUUGUUUCCUAUCAGACGAGAAGAAAACAAAGAAACACAGCAGCGCCGUGUUUGUGAAUUUAGACAAAUACUCUGUUGAAUCGCGGGGAAUGCUGCUGUGAGGAUUACACCAGGACAAUGAGACAAACAGCAGGAAAAGGUGCUGUGUGGUGAGACAGAGGCGGUGGACUUGCGGCAUGCUGAGGCCACUCCCCCUAGCUCAGGAUGAGUGUCAGAGAUGGCGCUGCCACCAUGGCAACAAACGCAGGUGGAGGUGGAGGAGGGGGAGUGGGCUGUAACGAUCCAGACGACCGCAUGUACCUGCUCCAGAUCUACCCACGGCUCGCUUCCCAGGCGUCCACCUGCUGCAACCUCAGAGUGCAGAAGAAUGCAACGACAGCCUCUGUAAUCUCGGACGCUGCUGCGACGCUGGGGCUGGACCCCGGCGGUCUGUAUGUGUUGGCAGAGGUGAAGGAAAGCGGCGGGGAGGAGUGGAUCCUGGAGGCUGGAGACUUGCCCGUACAGAGGGUUCUGCUUUGGCCCCGAAAAGCUCAGGAGCAACACCCUCAGAGCGCUGGCUUUUACUUCUUGCUGCAGGAGAGGAACUGCGAUGGCUCCAUCCAUUACGUUCACCUCCCACCUUCGUCCAAGGAACAGGAAGUACAGCAGCUAGCUGCGAGGGGCUUCCUCCCCCCUCCCCAGGAUGACUUUGCAGACCUCUGCAACCUCCCCGUCCUCAGUGAGGACAGCAUAUUGAACAAUCUGCGCUCACGCUUCUACAAGAAAAAGAUCUACACCUAUGCAGGCAGCAUCCUCAUCGCCAUCAACCCGUUCAAGUUCCUGCCCAUCUACAACCCCAAAUAUGUCAAGAUGUACGAGAACCACCAGCUGGGCAAACUGGAACCUCAUAUUUUCGCCAUUGCCGACGUGGCCUACUACGCUAUGCUCAGGAAGAGGGUGAACCAGUGCAUCGUCAUCUCCGGGGAGAGCGGCUCUGGCAAGACCCAAAGCACCAACUUCCUGAUCCACUGUCUGACCGCGCUCAGCCAGAAGGGCUACGCCAGCGGGGUGGAGAGGACCAUCUUGGGAGCCGGACCCGUCCUGGAGGCCUUUGGUAACGCUAAGACAGCCCACAACAACAACUCCAGCCGCUUCGGUAAAUUCAUCCAGGUUAAUUAUCUGGAGAGCGGAGUAGUCCGAGGGGCUGUGGUUGAGAAGUACCUCCUGGAAAAGUCUCGCCUGGUCUCCAGAGAAAAGAACGAGAGGAACUACCACGUGUUUUACUACCUGCUGCUUGGCGCUUCAGAGGAGGAAAGAACGGAGUUUAAACUGCUGCCGCCUGAAGAGUACUUCUACCUCAAGCAGGAGAAUUUUAAGAUCGAAGAUGAGGAAGAUUUGCGUCAUGACUUUGAGAGGCUGCAGCAGGCGAUGCAGAUGGUUGGCUUCCUUCCAGCCACAAAGAAACAGAUCUUUUCUGUGCUGUCUGCUAUCCUGUAUCUUGGCAACGUGACGUACAGAAGGAAGUCGUCGGGUCGGGACGAAGGGUUGGAUGUAGGCCCGCCUGAAGUCCUGGCUACCCUCUCUGACCUGCUGAAGGUCAAAGAGGAACUGCUGGUCGAGGCGCUGACGAAGAGGAAAACGGUGACCGUCAACGACAAGCUGAUCCUCCCCUACAGCCACUCUGAGGCGAUCACAGCCAGAGACUCCAUGGCCAAGUCUCUGUAUGGCGCCUUGUUUGACUGGAUCGUGCUGCGCAUCAACCAUGCACUGCUCAACAAGAAAGACAUGGAGGAAUCUGUUCCCUGCUUGUCCAUUGGUGUUCUGGACAUUUUUGGCUUUGAGGACUUUGAAACCAACAGCUUUGAGCAGUUUUGCAUCAACUAUGCAAACGAGCAGCUGCAGUAUUACUUUAACAAUCACAUUUUUAAUCUGGAGCAGGAGGAGUACCAGUCAGAGGGAAUCACCUGGCACAACAUUGACUACACAGACAAUGUGGGCUGCAUCCACCUCAUCAGCAAGAAACCCACAGGCCUGUUGUACCUUCUGGAUGAGGAGAGCAACUUUCCACAUGCAACAGAUAAGACCCUGUUGGCCAAAUUCAAGCAGCAGCACCAUGGAAACAAGUACUUCAUACCCACCCCAGUCAUGGAGCCCGCCUUCGUCAUUCAGCACUUUGCAGGGAAAGUCAAAUAUCACAUCAAGGAUUUCCGGGAGAAGAACACGGACCACAUGCGUCCAGACAUCGUGGCGCUGUUGCGCAGCAGCGACAGAGCCUUCGUGCGGCAGCUCAUCGGCAUGGACCCGGUGGCCAUGUUCCGGUGGGGCAUCCUGAGAGCCACCAUCAGGGGCCUCGCCGCUUUCAACGAGGCGGGUCGCUCCUGGGCCUCAAAAACAGCAGGUGUUAUCCGUCCAGCGUCCAGAACUCCUUUAGGAGAGCUGCAGCGCUCCAACACCCCGAUAGAACGAAUGUACAAACGAGCUUCUAUGCUCGAUUUCUACUUUGAUCACUCAGAGGAGCGCCCUCUAGAGGCCUUUGAAGACAUCUUUGCUAGCUAUGAGAAUAAGAAAGAAAUGCAUUCAGAGAUCAUCAGCUCCAUAAAGAACUUGCAGCUGGAUGGGGAGGACCCUCGCAAGCUGUUGCAAUCCUGGGGUCGCCUCCGCUUCCCGCGCCACGUCCUCCAGAAAAGCAAGAGUGUCAGGCAGAAGCAGGCCAUCCCAAAGAGUUUGCUGGAUUCGCAGUCUCUGAAGUUCAUCGUGAGUCUGACGCUACACGAUCGUACCACAAAGUCUCUGCUCCACCUGCACAAGAAGAAGAAGCCGCCCAGCAUCAGCGCUCAGUUCCAGAACUCUCUGACAAAACUCUUAGAAACUCUGAACAAAGCCGAGCCUUUCUUCAUUCGCUGCAUCCGCUCCAACGCAGAGAAGAAGGAGAUGCAUCUGGACGAGGCAUUGGUGCUGCAGCAGCUGCAUUACACAGGGAUGCUAGAAACCGUCCGCAUCAGGAGGUCCGGAUAUCCGGCCAAGUACACCUUCCAGGAGUUUUCAGAGCAGUUCAGAGUUCUGCUGCUGAAGAACUCCUCCGCCUCCAAAGAAGACAUUGCAGAGCUGCUGGAGAAGAAAAUGGGCUUCAAGCCAACAACAUACCAGAUCGGCAAGACCAAGGUCUUCUUGAAGGAGCUGGAGCGACAGCAGCUGCAGGACAUGCGGCACAGAGAAGUGAUGCGGAAGAUCAUCUUCCUCCAGCGCUGGUUCAGAGCUCACCUGCAGAGGAACGAGUUCCUAGACAUGAAAAGAGCAGCCAUCUUGAUCCAGGCUUCGUGGCGCAGGUACUGCAGAAAGGAGCAACGGCGACGGGCAGCUACUGUGAUCCAAGCCGUGUGGCGAGGACACAGACAGAGAUCCGAGUACCACCGACAGAAACACGGAGCAACAAAAAUACAAGCUCUGGUCAGAGGACACUCGGCGCGCAGGAGGUGUCAGUCUAUUCGUGAAGAGAAAAGAAAGAAAGAAGAGGAGGAGGAGGCCAGGAAAAGAGAAGAGGAGGAGAGGAGGAGGAGAGAAGAGGAGGAAGAGGCCAGGAGAAAAGAGGAAGAGAGACUGAGAAUAGAAGAAGAAGUGAAGAGACGAGCAGAGGAGGAAGCGGCAAGAAAAGCCCAGGAAGCCCAGAAAAAACUGGAGGAAAAGGAGGCGAGAGAGCCUCAGACGAGGGAGGAUCCAGACAUUGAGCUGGUUACGGAGGAGACGCUGGAUGAAAACGUCCCCGAGGAGGAGCAGGGGAAGGAUGAAGAGAUGGAGGAAGAGGACGAGGACUUGGAGCCUUGUGGUACGGAAGCUGAGGCUGGACCCCAGCUAGAUGGAGAGCAAGAACCUGGUCUGGCUCCAAACGCACCUACAGGCAUUUCCUCCCAGCAGGAGGACAAAAAGUCCAGUGCUGCCGCCACAACAUCUCCGCAUGCUGAACUGAAGCGGCCGCAGCCUGGCCUCAGCAACAAGGUCCCUUCAUCCAGGAGCCUGGAGAAGCGGGAGCAGAGGAGACGAAGAGGCCUGGAGCACAGCCAGAGAGAGUCCGAACGGGCCGCCUCCUCCUCAUCCUCAUCUUCAGCCACCAGCCGAGACCAGACGUCCCCGACGAAGAGCCGGAACCAGGAGACGUCCAAGCUGAAGGAGCGUUCGGACAGCAAGGAGCUGGACCAGUACACCUUCGUGGCCUGGAAGGUGAAGGAGGAGAAAGGAGGGAAGAAGGAGGGGAAAACUUCUGCCCCCUCCGCCGGCCCCGUCCGUCCAUCCACGUUACCGCUGCAUGCCCCCGACUUCACACAGGACAAAAACGGUUUGGGGGAAGGCGUCGGGGCGGUGAACCUGCAGCGGCGCUCUGGAGCCAUAAAGGAGAAACCGGAGAAAUGGAAAGGAAGGAGGAGCAACGGGGAGAGCUAUGAGGGCACCGGGUCGCCUCCGCCUCACAGCAAAGAGGAGGCUACAAAGAAACCAUCGCUGAGGGACGUGUCCCACUCGUCCGUCGACAGCAUGUCUCCAAGCUCUGAUGGAGCCUUGGCGGUUUCCGUCAGAGACCCCUGGACCGUGGCCGCCAGAGAGGGAAAUCAAGACGGUCAAGGGGACAGCUCCAGGUCCAGCUCAUUUAGAAAGAGACACCAGGAUGGUUCUGGACAACCAGACUCACUUCCAUCUAACGCGACCACACCGGACAAGUCUGGCGGCUUCUUCAGCAAGAUUUUGAAGAAGAGAGCCAAAGAGGCUCAUACUCCAGACAACGGAGAGCUGACGUUUGCUCAGAGUCUCAACGACAAGUCGAUGCUCGGGGAAGCGCCCCCCCCUGGCCCCGUGGUGCGUCCCGUUGCUCAGCCGUUCAGUGACCGGACGGGUAAAAGUAUAGGCCGAAACCCUACGAUCAAGAUCAGCCGCGCCACCCGAGUUUCAGUGCAUUGGGACGCCUCACUGGACCGAGUCAUUGCCAACGGCAACGAGCUGCGGAACCUCGACGAGUUUCUGGGUAACCAGGUGAAUGAUUUCCGCUCCAGAGGCAAGUCGCUGUCGCCCAUAGAGUCCAUCUUUGUCACUGCCACCAUGCAGUUUAGAGAGCAUAUCAAAUCUAUGUAUUCUCUCUCAAAUCCUACCAUCGGCUACAAAGCGCUGAUGACGGGCUUCAAGAACAAAGUGAUCACCCUGGCCACAGACAAGCAGCAGGAAGAUGUUCAGCUGGUGGUCAACUUGUUCCAGUCGGUCCUGGACGGUUUCAUCAGAGGAGAGGUGAAGAAGGAGGAAGCCGAGCCCGUCAAGCCGACCAAAGCCAGAAAGAAAAGGAGGAAAAAAGAUAAAAUUAUGGAGUCCCUGCUGGACCACGGUUUCAUCAACUAUCAGGUCAGCAUCGUUCAGUCGUGUGACCAGUGCAGCUCCUACAUCUGGGGGAUGGAGAAAGCCUACAUGUGCAGCAAUUGUAAAAUGGUGUGCCACAAGAAGUGCCUUAAUAAGAUAGCCAUCAACUGCUCCAGCUUCUGUGCCAAAAAGAAUGAUGAAGAGGUGACGGGAUGUAACUUCGGGGUGCGAGUUUGUCAUCUGGUGAGCGAUAAGAACCCGGUGCCAACGGUGCUGGAGAUGAUGCUGGAGCACGUGGAGAUGCACGGCCUCUACACCGAGGGCAUCUACCGCAAAUCAGGCGCUGCCAACCGCAUGAGGGAGCUGCACCAGCGGCUAGAGAUGGAUGCUUACGUGGACAUUCUUGAGGACUAUCCCAUCCACACGGUGACAGGCCUGGUGAAGCAGUGGUUAAGGGAGCUGCCAGACCCACUCAUGACCUUCGCCCAUUACAACGACUUCCUGCAUGCUGUGGAGCUGCCAGAGAAGCAGGAGCAGCUUCAAGCCAUUUACAAGAUCCUGGAGGAACUUCCCACCGCAAACUUCAACACAUUAGAGCGGCUCAUCUUCCACCUUGUCAAGGUCUCAAAGGAGGAGGAGCACAACCGCAUGUCCCCCAACUCGCUGGCUAUAGUGUUUGCGCCGUGUAUCCUGCGUUGCCCCAACACGGCCGACCCUCUGCUCAGCAUGAAGGACGUUGCAAAGACGACGACGUGCGUGGAGAUGCUGAUCAUCGAGCAAAUCAGACGCUACAAUGAGAAGAUGGAGGAGAUCGAGCAGCUGGAGUACGCCGAGGCUCUGGCCGUCAAGCAGCUGAAUCUCAAGAGGAAGAACACAACCAGCUGCCCUUUAUCUCUCAGGUUGACAGCUCAUUACAAAGGAGGGGUGAUCCGCGAGAAGGUCAGCUCUGAUCUCACCGUGGUCCCCGAGAACGAGCCUCUGGACUCCGACAUCGAGACGGAGAACAACCUGGUGGAACGCAUCAAGUCCAUCAAACAAGAGAAAGAGGAACUGGCUUUCCGGCUGCCAGAGAUGGAGCAGCCCGGUUCAGACCAGGAGAACCUGGACUCUGAAGCGUCUCUGAGCUCCGAGAGUCUUCUGGACGAGCAGCAGCAGCAGCGCUCGUCCGCGCACGGCUCCGAGGCAGAAGGACACAGUGGCGUCCAGCUGAGAAGACACAGGCCAGUUAAACCUGUUAAGCCUCCAGAGAUCGUCCAGCGAACUAAACCCUCUGUUGGACGAUCGUUUAUGGGAAACCUGACCCCCGCCAGCUCCACCUCCUCUCUGUCCAGCUGCGCCUCCACGGCGUCCGAAACCUCCACCGCCUCCACCAGGCGGCCCCCGCAGCGCCGCAACCCCGUCAUCCCAGACACCGUCAAGCUGCCCCCGGGCGUCCUCACCCAGCAGAUGGCCACCGGUUCUUCUCAGACGUUCCCUCCUCCUGGAAAUCGAGAGAUUUUGUACCCCGUCAGGAUACGGGAGCAUCCCGGCCGUCGCAAAGACAGCACCCAGUCGUUGUACCUCGACAACCCAGAGAGUGGCAUGCUCCUGCAUUUCUCCUCCUGCCCUCCCUCUGCUUCCUCCUCUUCCUCCUCUAUCGCCACGGCUACGCUCCAGCAAAAGGAUACUAGAGCCCCCAAGAGUCACAGACGCUUUUCUGACCCAGACAUACCCUACAUGGACGACGAAGUCUGACCUACGGAGGAGAAGAAUGUAACAGAGUGUGAAUUUGCUGUAGACUGAACAGCAGAAACUCAGUAUGGCGCUAAAAACGUGUCAAAAGUCUUGUGUUGUGCUGUUCAUCAGUAGAAAUAACUGGACAAAUUGUUGCCAAGCACCUUUUCUAUCAUUUUUAAUAUGCUGUGGUUACUGGUGGAGAGCACAGUUUGACUACAGGCUGUAUCUUCUGUAGCCUCAUGUUGUUUUUUUUUGGCUUGUAAAAGAAAAUAUUGCAGGUUCUAGUCAAGCUUUUCCAUUCUUUCCUAAUGCUGAGAAUUGCUAGCUAGUGCCUUGAUGAUGUUAACCCAUUUCUCACACCAUAAUUCCUGAACAAUGCUAACAGGAGAGGGGUGGGGAUGUCCAGAACGACGAGGGGAUUUUUGCCGCAAUAUUUCGUGUGUGACGUCUUGAAGUGGAACAAAACGAGUUCAGUAAAAGGACCUAAUCACGCUUUCACCCAUCUCACAAAAUAACACCAGAGAGGAAAUCACUGCUUUCAGUUUGCAAAGGGAAAUGGGAGCAGCACAAGCCACUUUCUCCAAUGGAAAAGAAAGAAAGAGGAGAACACAAGCCCGACCACGACGCCGUGUCACGACUUCCCCGAAGUCUCGCAGAGUCACACCCUUCACUCGGAUGUGGACAGUCGCGACGACGAGCGCAGAUUGAAUUAAAUACUAAUGUUUCUCUUGACUGCUGAAUGAUGUUUGUUAGUCUGUCUGGUUUAUGAGGAAGAUUGUGCUGAUGUGUACCUGAGGGUGUGUUUGGGACUGAAUGUCAAGAACUGUACUGGUUAUUAGUGUUAACAUAAAGAUACAGGACAUCAUA